AGGGGGAGGAGAGCGCAGCGGAGGAAAGUGGAGCCGGGCGGCAGGGGGGAGGGGGGGCGGAGAGGAAGGGGCGGAGGCCGAGGGCGCAGGGUCCCCGUGCGCGUCCCGGAACCCCCGGGGCAGCCUUCCGUGCGCAGCCAGCCCCCCGCCCCCCCUUACCUGCCCAUUGCUGCCGGUUGGCCGGCUGGGACCAUCCGGAGCGGCAACCUUCUCCCCCACUCCCCGCCGCUCCACCCCCACAACACCGGGCAUCCCGGGAUGGUGGCGGCGGCGGGGCGCAGGCCAGCGCGGGCGCCGUGAGCGCGAGCCGCGCGCCGGGCAGGGGGCUGCAGCUCCCCCGGUCCUCGGUCCCCGCCGCGCGCCCCACCAUGCCGCGGGGUCCCGCACCCGCCUACUACGCCUGCCUCCUGGGGCUCUGCGCGCUCGUGCCGCGCCUCGCAGGACUUAACAUAUGUACCAGUGGAAGUGCCACCUCGUGUGAAGAAUGUCUGCUAAUCCAUCCAAAAUGUUCCUGGUGCUCCAAAGAGUACUUUGGCAGCCCACGGUCAGUCACCUCGCGGUGUGACUUGAGGGCAAACCUCAUCCGAAACGGCUGUGAUGGUGAGAUCGAGAGCCCGGCCAGCAGCACCCACAUCCUGCGGAGCCUGCCGCUCAGCAAUAAGGGCUCCGGCAUCAUGGGCUCCGACGUCAUCCAGAUGACACCACAGGAAGUCGCCGUGAACCUCCGGCCUGGUGACCAGACCACCUUCCAGCUUCAGGUACGCCAGGUGGAGGACUACCCUGUGGACUUGUACUACCUGAUGGACCUCUCCCUCUCCAUGAAGGAUGACUUGGACAGCAUCCGCAACCUGGGCACCAAGCUUGCUGAGGAGAUGAGGAAGCUUACUAGCAACUUCCGGUUGGGUUUUGGGUCCUUUGUUGACAAGGACAUCUCUCCUUUCUCCUACACAGCACCGAGGUACCAGACAAAUCCCUGCAUCGGUUACAAGUUGUUUCCAAACUGUGUCCCGUCCUUUGGGUUCCGCCAUCUGCUGCCUCUCACAGACAGAGUGGACAGCUUCAACGAGGAAGUUCGGAAACAGAGGGUGUCCAGGAACCGCGAUGCCCCCGAGGGGGGCUUUGACGCAGUCCUCCAGGCCGCUGUCUGCAAGGAGAAGAUCGGCUGGCGGAAGGAUGCAUUGCAUCUGCUGGUGUUCACGACAGAUGACGUGCCCCACAUCGCACUGGAUGGAAAACUAGGUGGGCUGGUGCAGCCCCACGAUGGCCAGUGCCACUUGAAUGAGGCCAACGAGUACACUGCAUCCAACCAGAUGGACUACCCAUCCCUUGCCCUGCUUGGAGAGAAGUUGGCAGAGAAUAACAUCAAUCUCAUUUUUGCUGUGACAAAAAGCCACUAUAUGCUCUACAAGAAUUUUACCGCUCUGAUACCUGGAACCACAGUGGAGAUUUUGCAUGGAGACUCCAAAAACAUCAUUCAGCUGAUUAUCAAUGCAUACAAUAGUAUCCGGUCUAAAGUGGAGCUGUCUGUCUGGAAUCAGCCAGAAGAUCUUAACCUCUUUUUUACUGCUACCUGCCAAGAUGGCAUGUCCUAUCCAGGCCAGAGGAAGUGUGAGGGUCUGAAGAUUGGGGACACGGCGUCCUUUGAGGUGUCAGUGGAGGCCCGGAGCUGCCCUAGCAGACACACAGAGCACAAGUUUACCCUGCGGCCUGUGGGGUUCCGGGACACCCUGCAGGUGGGGGUCACCUACAACUGCACGUGCGGCUGCAGUGCUGGGCUGGAGCCCGACAGCGCCAGGUGCAGCGGGAACGGCACGUAUGUCUGCGGCCUGUGUGAGUGCAACCCCAGCCACCUGGGCACCAGGUGUGAGUGCCAGGAAGGAGAGAACCAGAGCGGGUACCAAAACCUGUGCCGGGAGGCCGAGGGCAAGCCGCUAUGUAGCGGGCGCGGUGAAUGCAGCUGCAACCAGUGCUCCUGCUUCGAGAGCGAGUUCGGGAGGAUCUACGGGCCCUUCUGCGAGUGUGACAGCUUCUCCUGCGCCAGGAACAAGGGUGUCCUCUGCUCAGGCCAUGGCGAGUGUCACUGUGGAGAAUGCAAGUGCCAUGCAGGUUACAUUGGGGACAACUGUAACUGCUCAACAGACAUCAGCACGUGCCAGGCCAAAGAUGGACAGAUCUGCAGUGAGCGCGGGCAUUGUAUCUGUGGGCAGUGCCAGUGCACGGAGCCUGGAGCCUUUGGGGAGACGUGUGAGAAGUGCCCAACCUGCCCGGAUGCUUGCAGCACCAAGAGAGAAUGUGUGGAGUGCCUGCUGCUUCACUUGGGGAAACCGGACAACCAGUCCUGCCACCACCUGUGCAAGGACGAGGUAAUCACCUGGGCGGAUGCCAUCGUGAAAGAUGAUCAGGAGGCCGUGCUGUGCUUUUACAAAACUGCCAAGGACUGCGUCAUGAUGUUCACCUAUGCUGACCUGCCCAGUGGGAAGUCCAACCUGACCGUCCUCAGGGAGCCAGAGUGCGGAUCAGCCCCCAACACCGUCACCAUCCUGCUAGCUGUGGUGGGCAGCAUCCUCCUGAUCGGGCUCGCACUCCUUGCCAUCUGGAAGCUGCUUGUCACCAUCCAUGACCGCAGGGAGUUCGCCAAGUUCCAGAGCGAGAGCUCCAGGGCCCGCUAUGAAGUGGCUUUGAACCCCCUGUACAGAAAGCCCAUCUCCACACACGCGGUAGACUUCACCUUCAACAAGUUCAGCAAGACCUACAACGGCACCGUGGACUGAGGGCUCACGCGUUUAGAGAGCUGGAGGGGACUAAGGACAAACCACCAAAGCGCCUGGACCGGCUUGAUUCAUCAUGGCUCCAUAGAUGGGCGAAUGUGGAGAGGCCCUGACGGCAAACCUGCGUGAGGAGCCUGCUCCCCAGAUGAGGUGCCGGGCUGCAGGGUCAGAUCCAUGCAGGGCUGCCUCCCUCUAAACCUGGGAAAAGCAAGGGGACCUGGGUCUUCUCUGCCACCUCCACUGGUGUCUGGAGGCACUGCCAAGGGGUAGGCCGCUUCUGCCUUCCUCACCUGGACAGACAGAAGAAGCUGUCAGUACCGAACAGACUGUGCAAAACCAGUGUGCGGCCUCGCUUCUCCAAGCUGAUCAUUUUAUAUGAAAUUUUAAAAAAAGGUCAUGCCUUUAUGACAUAGCUCUGGUUUACCGAGAAUUGUCUUCCUGGCAUCUGCACCUUGCACAUGCGUGUUGUGUUGGUGAUGGGAUUGCUGAGCUGUCUGUUGAAAACAUACUUUGCAAAUGUCAGUGCUUUUCUUCUACCUGUGUUUGUUCAGUAGCUUUGUAAUGAGGAAGAUUGUCUGGAAUUGAAAGUAAAGAUUGGAAUGAAAUGCA